CUCUUAUAAGAGAAACGAUCGGCUUAGAGAAACGUUUAGUCAAGGCUGGUCACUCUGUCAUGCUCGUUGCGUUAUAUUACGCCUGUCCAACAUGAUCGGAGUGAGAAAAAAGGGAGUUAUAGCCGGCGUGACGACGGCCGUACUUGUGGCAACUUUCGUAGUACUAAUUCUAGUCUUCACAUUGAAUUCAAAUGAUACAUGCGGUUCAAAGUUCGUUAGUUCUUCUAAACUGGGCCGCUAUACGAAGGGCGCCGUGACGACAAACGGUCAGGAAUGCUCGAAGAUUGGUGCGGAUAUUUUAUCUAAGAAUGGUACGGCAGUGGAUGCGGCGAUAGCGGCGCUUCUUUGCGAAGGCAUCGCGUCCUUGCAAAGCAUGGGACUGGGCGGCGGAUUCCUUAUGACGAUAUGGGACGCAAAGAGCAAAAAGGCGGCUUAUCUGGACGCGAGGGAGACCGCCCCGUCAGCUGCGACAGAGAACAUGUUCGAUGGCAAUGCACAUUUAGCCAUGUAUGGUGGCCUGGCAGUUGCUGUCCCGGGUGAGCUUAUGGGUUAUUGGGAAGCGCAUAAAGAAUACGGGAGAUUGCCGUGGGCCGAGUUAUUCGAUCCUGCCAUCAAACUGUGCGAAACCGGAUCGCGCGUCACUAAUUAUCUCGCCGCGUAUCUGGUCGAGAAGGAGCCUAUGAUAAAGAAGGAGAGCAGUUUGGCUGAAAUACUCAUAAAUCCUAACACCAAUAAAACGUGGAUUGCAGGAGACCGAAUAAAGAGACCAAAACUGGCGGAGACGUUGAAGCUGAUAGCGAAACACGGCCCCGACAUAUUUUACAACGGCAAUAUCACUGACAAAUUAGUCGACGAGAUAGCGAAGUUUAAAGGAAUAAUCACGAAACGAGAUUUCCAAGAGUACAGAGCCUUAUGGAGAGAGCCGGUUGCAUUGAAAAUGGGGAACCUAACGAUUUACAGUGCCCCACCACCGGGUUCGGGCGCAAUUUUGGCGUUUAUAAUGAACGUCCUUCGCCGUCUGCUACCGGUUAGCAAUGAGAAUAUAAUGUGGCAACGCAUAAUCGAGACCUUCAAGUGGGCUUACGCAAGAAGAACAGAGUUGGGAGAUGUCGAGGGCAUAGACGCGCUGGUCGCCAAUUUAACGUCAGAUGAUUACGCGGAAAUGAUAAAAGGUAGGAUUAGGGACGAUCGCACGAGUCAGAAUCCAGAGGACUACGGUGCUGUUACCGCAACAACUAUGGAUUUGGGGACCGCGCACGUUUCCGUUCUCGCUCCCGACGGUUCCGCCGUCUCCGUUACGUCGACUAUUAAUCAGGUGUUCGGCGCAAUGAUACGCUCAACCUCCACCGGUAUAAUAUUUAACGACGAGAUGGAUGACUUUAGUUCACCCAAUAUCACCAACGGCUUCGGGCUGCCGCCGUCACCGGCGAAUUUUAUUCGGCCUGGCAAACGGCCGUUGAGUUCGAUGUCCCCGACUAUAGUGGUCGAUCACAAGGGCGAUGUGAGAUUAGUGAUUGGUGCAGCUGGUGGUACGAAGAUCACAAGUGGCGUGGCAAUUGGGAUGCUGUUUAAUCUUUGGUUCGGUUAUGACAUAAAAGAAGCGAUUGACGCGCGCAGACUUCAUCAUCAACUGUUCCCGAUGAAUAUCCAGAACGAGAAAGAUUUCUGCCAAGUCACGUUAGAUUACCUAAAUAAGAUUGGACACAACGUCACCACUUUCAGCGGAAUUGGCAGCGCAAUUACUGCUGUAUCUAAGGAAAACGGUGUUAUAACAGCGAAUUCAGACUAUCGUCGAGAGGGAACAACAGCGGGAUUGUAAAAAUUAUAAAAUCAACGCGGAUGACAUUUUGACAAAAGGAUGUAACAUUGAUUCUUCCUACCGCAGUUUUUUAAAAACUGCAGUAACGGUUGUAAUUACACGAACUAAUGCUCUCUACUUGGCAUGGAAUCUUUGUUUUAUCACAUCCUAUUAAAAAAAUAUACUAUAAAGUUCUUCUUAAAGUUACAAAGUCGUCCGCGUAUUAAUAAUAUGUGAUUAAAUUAUUAUGUGAAUAUCAAAUUCUUAGUUUUUCAGCAUUAUAACUCUACGAGAAAAUUUGUAUAUUUAAAAAUGAAGUCAAUUGCAGCAUAUGAUGCUCACUCAUGUAAAAAUAUUUUUAUCAAUGACCGAAUCAUCAAAUGUUUCAUUAUUUACUCGGCUGUAAAUACUUAAAAAUUGUAAUAGAUAUAUUAGAUAUAGUAAUGUAAUAUUUAUUUUGUUCACACACAACGCAUCUCUGUACAUAUCCCAUGUUUCAUAUGAUUCACUCAAAUAUAUGAAAAUGAGAUCAUCUCUACUUUGUGUUUAGUAUCAAUUAAAUUUAUUUCUAAUGUUGCAAA